GACAUCAUUUGUAAGAAGAGAUGGGACAAGAAUCCAUUUGUAGUUUGGGAAUAAACUCUGAAUAAGAUUUUUGGUUGCCUCGGGCGGAAAGAACAGAAUCAUGAAUGUCGCGUCGUCAACUUUAGGGAGGCAGAGUCGGUACUGCAUGAAGGACCCGACCUCCCAGGUGAAUGGAAGUCUCUUUGGGAUGGAGUCCAACCACAGGGUUCCUUUGAUACGAAUGCAUCCAAAAAAGAAAAUUGUAAUCUGUAACCAAGGCUUCAUAUAUAAUGUCAGAGUCCCACGUGAUGAGCUCCAAGAACAAACAAUCGGACUUUCACACGCCGAGCACGAGCGGAUCCUCGCGAAAGCCAAAGGCCCAAGCAUCAUCGACAGGGAGCUGGCCGUCUUGAGAAAGGCGGCGAUCAAAAAGAAAGAGGACCUCAAGGCUGCCGAGGAAAGAAAGCGUUACAUCAUUGAGAAGGACCUUUUUGCUGUCAAGCACGAGGCGGAGAGCGAGCUGCAGUCCAGAAGGCUGGCCCACGAGCGCUACCAGCAGAUGAGGGAAAAAGCGGCGAUAGAAAGGGACAAUCAAAUGAAAAAGCUCGACAGGUGGAUUUUGAACAGCAAAAUCCAGGCCGAGCGCGACAAGCAGCUUGUGUGGAAAAAGCACUGCGAGGCCGACGAGAUUUCACGAGAGAAGGCCGAGUUCGACCGGGUGCUCAAGUGCACGCAGGAGGCGAUUCGCAAAGACGAGGAGAGGGAGAAGAAGCGGAUGAGGGACGCUUACGCCCACCUAGAGAGCAUCAAGGAGCAGGUGAGGGAACGCGAGCAGGCGGCCCUCAGCAAGCGCAGGGAGAGGCUCUAUGAGGUCAGCAACGCCAAGGAGAAGGUUGAUGAGAAGACUCGCUGGCUGGACGAAUUUAAGGAGGAGAGACUAAAAGAACUCAAGGCUUGCGGGAUCCCUGAAAAGUACUGCAGGUACGUCAGGAGAAAGACCAACGAAGACGAAGCGAACCCCAAUCAAUACCAAUACCGUGCACACGAUACAUAUGAUCAAUUACCGCGAUGGACAAACCGCUUGAAUAAAAAGCAUACAGAGCAGGAAGAGCCACUAAAUCCUUUCCCACCCUUACCACCGAUCGCCAUCAAGGAUGUGCCUGAAGGAGGAGAUGCAAAAUGAAAAGCACCUGCCCCGAUGUUUUUGUUUUCCACAGACUCAUCACUCCGCCAUCCCCUUUGCCCGGUCAAUCAAACCUUCCGGCAAUUUUCUUCUUAACCAAAGAGAAGUGACACAUCGGUGAAGGAAGUAACGAGAGGCGAUUUGUGGAUUGACGUUACUCACGUGAUUUGCUGCGAAGUGUGCAGUGUGUCACUUGUAUCGGUGCAACGUAUAUGAUGGGAUGAGGGAUGUUCUGAGGCGAUCGUUGGGAUUGUUUGCAAGUGUGGAACGGGAUUUGUACUGUCACCAAUGAUGUCGAACAAUUCUUUUUUUUUUCAAAGAUCACGUUGUUUGACACGGUCAGUGGGAUCAGUCCAACAAUGUGUUUGUUUUUGCGGUUGACGGUGUGAAAGUGCACUGCGCCAUCCAAAGAGGUGACCUGACCUGAUUUAUCGGGUGACCUUAUAACUACCUCCACAAGCGGAUGAGGUUGUGUUUUUAGCUGUGUUAGCACAUAUCUAUGUUUCAU